AUGAGAGAUUGCGUGGUCUGGCUGACAGCUCCAUGGAGCGUGAGUGGCCAUCGAGCAUAUGACAUCCGCCUUUUUUGCUCGGAGCAGCACCGCGUGCCUGGCAAGCAGGUUGGGGGUUCCGUCAGCUUCGUGCUGCAGCUGCCGAUGCCACAAGAGCCUGCAGCGGAGAAGGCGUACAUGCAGAUGGGUGAGACGAGCUGCUCUGUCUCUUUGCGCUUAAAGCCACCCCCAGCGGCCAACUACUGCCCUCCGAUCCAGAAGUACAUCCUGCACAUAGAGCCGGUCCUUCCCACCAGACAAGAGAUCCUGGAUUGCCAAGAGGGCAGCCAAGUUAUGCACGUGCGGAGUCUACAGUGCGGUGUUCCUUAUCGCUUUGCUGCGCAAUGUGUCUACCAGGUAAACGAUCAUGCAAAUGGCGAGACCAAGGAGGUGAAGGGAGCUUGCAGUGAGCUAUGCGCAGCACAGAAGAUGCCGAGCUGCCCGUUUCCUCCGAAUCCAGGCGUGCCCGAGGUGAGGCUGCUUCCGGACACCGGUCAGAUGGAAAUACUGGAGAUCCUGCUGCCUGUCCCGAACAGUGCACCAGAUGGCAGGCCUCACCAUGAAGUGGAGUACAGAGCGGCAGGUGCAGAUGAGUGGAAGAGGAUCGACGGCAGUCGGCUCUUCUUCAGUCACGAGCACAAGUGGGACGAUCGACUCGACAGCUUUGUGUCCUCCUGCAUGCUCAUGGGCCUAAAGCCAGUACUUCCUGAACGGAACGGAGUGGAGUUCCGGGUUCGGUCGACCAAUGUGGAAGGGCAGUCAACAUGGAGCGCAACGUCUGCCGUCCUCAAGCUGCGGGAGAAAGAGGAGGAGGCCAACGCCGACCAAUCAGAGCUUCAAGUCACGGCCAUGGACGUUUUGGCCAUGACUCCUGCAAUUCUGGAGCAGGAGGGCACGAGCAAGCCUGAGGGAGGUGGUAAACGAGGCUUGCGCACACACUGCCGCCUGCAGUGGAUCGAGGAAGAUGGUCCUGACGUGAAGUACCAAGUCGAAGCGCGGGAGGAGCGCUUGCCAUUCUACGUCGUUUGGAGCAUCCUUCCGAUGUAUCACCGAACGGAAGUGAGAAACGACAAGGCCUACAGUGAAGUUCUCGUCUCAGGCUUGGAGCAGUUCCCAGCCGCCGAGCCUCUGGCAUUGCGAGUGGUCAAGCUUGCAAAUGGGAAGGCUGCACACAGUGUGCGAGCGACGCUGCGGAUCAACGGUGUCGUUGGGCCUCCUGCUGCAGAGAAGUUGGAGUUGACGAGAACACUCACUGCUCCUGGAAGUAAGUUUCCUCUAGCCGAAGUCUCCUGGACAGCGGAGAAGGACAGCGGCCUCAAGGGCUUCGGUUACGUCGUCGAGGCGUCCUGGGAGCUGGAUGCUUCUCGUAGAUCGGACUGGAGCUCGACGACCGCGGCCGUGAUGCAGGUGGAAAGCCAAUCCAGCCCGACGGGCUUUGUGAACCUCGGCUUUGUUCCGCUGCAAAUGCCGCAGGAAGGUGGAGGCUCAUCGCGCUGCUGGUUGCGAGUGCGGUGCCAGAGCAACGACGGCCGCCUUAGCGAUGCGUGCGCGGAGGCUGAGGCGCCUGUGGUCCUGGCGGACGCGAUUCUGGCCGCAGAAGCCGCGCAGGAGGCGCUGAGGAAUGCUGCACCGAAAGCGGCUCCACGACGUCCACAGCAGUUGAACAUCCUUGGUGGCAGCAGGAACCUCUGGCAGGUUUCCUGGGAACAGCGGGGCAAGCUGGCUGCAGAUGUCCUGUUCGAAGCGGAGAUCUGCUUCCGCACCGCGUUGGACGUGCAGGACUGGAAGCCGGUGAAAAGCUUCUUCCUCCCCCAGCGGUUUGAAGAUGUGGCAGAGGAAGGGGCCCAGGCCACAACUCUCACGGCCGCUGUGGAACUGAUUGACUCCGAGAUGCCCGAGGAGGCUUGGCGGCUCCGCGUCCGAGCAGCCGGCGGCAACUGGUCCACGCCGACUCCAUGGAAGGAGCAGGAUGACAGCCAGGAGGUGUUUCUCCUCCAGCUGGCGAAGCCGGAAGUCAGGUGCAAUGCCUUCUCGUUCUCAUUGGAGUUCGAUGUGGCCGUGGAUGGUGAAAUGCCGGCUCAACUUCCGCGUGGAAUCGGAUUCGAAAUUCAGGUCCAAGGCAGGAAACGCCGGGCAAGCAGCAAGUUCUCCGACUGGACCGGCUUGCGCAGCUUUUGCACUGCACCGGAGCAGGUGGAAGACACAUCGACCGUCCUGGUGCGAGCUCUGGUGGAGAGGGCGACCGUUGCAGAGGCCAUCAAAGCCAGCUUUGGGUACGAGGAGCUCCGCUUCCGUGUACGUGCCAGCAGCCCUCAGGGCUACAGCUCCCCGUCAGAGCCGUCGGAGACGUUGGCGCUUCAGAUGGAGGGCCAGGCAAGCAAGACCAUGCCACCCCUGCCGACCUUUCUGGGCAGAGGUUUCCUUCUCAUGGAGGACCUGAAGAGCAAGAGCCUGAUCCACUCGGAGAUCCUUCAGCUGUGCUGGCCCAAACCUGAGCUGGACGUGGGCGAGCUGAAUGAUGGACUGCCCCCGUUGCAGUACAAACUUGAGCAGCAGCACCAAAUCGGCGAAGAGGAGACUGACUGGGAGCCCGUCCCCACAGCCAUGCUCUUCUCGGAGCCAGCCUCCCAGAACAUCUCCGCGCUACUUCCUCUGGAGCAGGAUAUCGACGAGCUGGAUGAAUACGAUCUCGAGUAUGCCGAGCAGGAGAGCCGACUCUUGUUCCAAACGAGUCCAACCCCUUCGGAAGCUCGCUUCAGGCUUUGCGCAGAUCGGCCCUCAAGUGACAUCUCCAAGUUCGAGCCAGUCCAUUCCAAGCCCUCGGACGUACUUGCCUGGAAACUGCCGGACCUUCCGCGUGAGCUGCAUGUGGUGGGUCAGUCUUGCAACAUGAUAUGCCUGAUCUUCAACUGGCCGAGACUCUCGCAAGUCUGCGGAGGCCAUCUAUGGGCUUGCAUCGAGGGGCUCCCGUCCUCGGACAAGGACAGCGAAGUGGAGUUCAGUGAAGAGAGUGUUGGCCAAAGCAUCAUAGGCAUGUCUCCUUUAGUUUGGCAGCCAGCGAUCGAGCUGCAGCCAAUCUGCAAGCACUACGUGGGCCUGGGUGGCAGCGACCCGACGACAGCCAGUGAGCUCGUCGCCAAGGCUUGUGCGGCCGCAACGAGCGACACUUGCGUUGGCCUGACUCCGCUGCCCGACAGCUGCGCCUCAAGUGCUUGCGUCCGGAUUCGCCUUCAGCUGUACGCAAGGCAGUCUAUUCAUCAAAGCGGCUGGAGCCAGCCGUUGGUGCUUGAGAAGGCCGCCGCAGCGGCCGUGCCGACCCCACAGACAAUACGCACGCUACAUCUGCAAUAUCCGGACUGGACUUGCAUUCUUCCCGGUCUCGAUGAGACCUGUGGCAAGUUCCUGCCACGCCUCGUGUUGCGUGAGACUCUGGACGGAGAGGAUCCUCGCGAGACCACUCUGCUGGACGAGGUUUCAAUAACAAAGGGCGAGGCCGCCGGUGGCCCGAAGCUGAAUUUGAAGUUCGAGGUGGUGCAAGGAGACAUGCCAGCUUGUCUUCUCCUGGACUGCUCGAACGGCUCCAUUUCCUGGAGGCACGUGCUGGUGGAUGGGGAGUCUGCUUCGGAGAAGUCCAUGCAGUCUGUCAUGGACGCCUUCGCCAUCCAGGUGUCUGUCAUGGGCAGCGAGAGCGAGAGCGAGUCAGGCCUCGAGGUGCCCUUGGCGCUCUGCGCGUCCACGGUGCUGCACUUGGCCGCUGCGCCCAGCAUCUUCCGCGGCGACGACGCGGCCUGGGAGUUCCUGGGAGGCAUCCUGAAGGGGCCCGCUCUCGAGGUGCUCAGCGAACGAGGCAUAGAAGCGCUGCAGGCGGCAUCUGAGCUUCUUCAGGAUCAAGAGCUUCUCGAAGGCUUUGCGGACUUUUGUGAAGUCUUGGCCAGCGACGUUGGGUUUCCUGCCUUUGAGAUCGUGAUGCGCAUCUUGGAGCUGCCCGCCGAGUACAUGGAGCACGCGGCGGAGAUGGACCCCGAUGACUUCCUGGAUGUGCUCUGCAUUGCCCUAGAGGCAGACGCCGAUGAGGGCUCCGGCCUGGAGGAGACUGCGGAGGAUUCCGGAUCAUCCCUAGGCAGCGACUCCGAGGAGGGUUUGGGUGGCCUUGGGGAUGGGUCCCACGCCGAACCCGAGUCGGACGCUGGAGAUGCGCAGGAAGGAUUUUCCAACUCCUCGGAUGAUGGUCUGGAGGCUGCGGCAGGUUUGGUGGGCCAAGUUCGAAGCGACCUCGGGGUGGAAGACAGUGGCCAAGCAACGCGAGCGGACGAGGAGGCGUCGGAGGACAAGAAGUGCCUCGGAAAGCCUGGAGAAUGA